AUGUCCAACGCGCUACUUCAGUUGGCUGAAACUUAUGGUGUAAAAAUAACACAAAAAUAUCUGGCCAAAGAACAUACCCAAAUGGAGUGCGAUAGCAUACAUGCUUGUAUUAAAACUUCAUUGAAAAAUAAGGACAUUUACCUUUCAAGCGAUUAUGCUCGAAUAACGAAGGAAGCUGAGAAGAAAAACCCCUAUGUAGUUAAAAUACCAGACUUUGAUUUUUUUACCAAUUUUAAUCACAAGCCAUUACUGAAGUAUGAUUCCAUAAGGCCUGGAAAAGUAACAUCAGACCCAGUCGUCACAAAUCUAAGAGCACUGGAGUACUUGCCAAAAGGAGAAAUUAAUUUCAAAAUAAAUUUCAACGAUGAGUUUCAAACGCUUCCUCGACGACCAAAAGCUAUAAAACAUCAAAAGGAAAAGCAAAUACAAAAUGUUAAUGACCAAAGAGAACCUGGCGAAACUAUAGAAAAUGAUCCGAAGGAAAAUAAUAUUAAAGAUCAACAUAAUAUUGGACAACACGAAAAUAUUUGUGUACCAAUAGCAACCAAAAAAUUUGAUAAUAUUCAAGAGCAGCUCCCAUUUAUUCCAGAAAACUUAAGAGGAUUCUUAUUGAGUUUAAAUCAAUCUGAAAAUGAAUAG